AUGGCGAUGAUCGACUCAGGAUCAUCAAUCAACCUCAUUACACCACAGACGGUGAAUGACUGGAAGAUACCAUGGGUACUCAAGAAGAGACCCUACCGAGUGUACACAUUUGAAGGAAAAAGUCCGAGCUAUGAGCAGGGACAGGUACUAAGGGAAACGGUACCUCUAAAAGUCACCAUCAACGGAGAUGAACAAGAAAUCGUCUUCGACAUCACACCCAUCGGCAAACAUGACGCCAUCUUGGGAAGACCCUGGCUCAGAAAGUAUAAUCCGGACAUCGAUUGGGUUAACGGGACCAUUAAACAAUGGAAACCCCCCGUCGAUAAGAACCCAAUCGAGGAAGUCUCAGUCACUGACAGAAAGGGGUGGCAUCCUUCGUUAUACGAGACAAAGCCACCAUUAGAACCAUCAAGAAUGGUCAUGUUCAUCAACAAUUACCCCGAGGAGGGACCACCUCCUGAACCACCACCUAAGACUGCCGAUGAGCAACUCAAAGACGUCCCACUGCAAUACCGAGGGUAUAAGAUAUUCCGGUCGUCUUCUGAGUGCACAUUGCCAGCGCAUGGUCCAUGGGAUCAUGAGAUACCCUUGAAAGAAGGCGCUAAACCCAAAUACCAGAAGAUCUACCAGCUCAACGCUGCACAGAUGAAGGCGCUCAAGGAGUAUAUUGACGAGAGGCUCAAAUUGGGACACAUCAGGGAAUCUCAAUCUCCCUGGGGCUCCCCCAUCCUUUUCGUACCUAAGAAAGAUGGAGAACUCCGUCUCGUCAUCGACUAUCGACAUCUCAACAGCGACACAAUCAAGAAUCGAUACCCACUGCCGCUGAUCCAAGAGAUGAGAGAUCGACUCGGGAAAGCGACCAUAUUUUCCAAGUUCGACCUAACAUCAGCCUUCUCACAGAUUCGCAUGAAGAAAGGCGAGGAAAUCAAGACGGCAUUCCGUACCCCGUUGGGACAUUACGAGUAUCGCAUCAUGCCGCAAGGUCUCACGAACGCACCUGCAUCGUUCCAAGCGCGGAUCGACGCAGUACUCAAACAGUUUGCGGGAGAAUUUGUGAUGGCCUACAUUGACGAUAUCAUCGUGUUCUCUGAAAACGAAGAACAACAUCAGAAACACGUCCACAAGGUGUUGGCUGCCCUUGAAAAAGCAGGACUAUCCGUCAACCCAAAGAAGAGCGAGUUCCACAAGGAACAAGUAGACUUCCUGGGUUAUCGUAUCUCUCCAGGUCAAAUCCGCAUGGACCCAACCAAGAUCAAGGAUAUCGCUGAAUGGCCAGCACCCAUCACUGUCACAGGUGUACGAGGAUUCCUGGGAUUCGUCAACUUCUACCGACGCUUCAUUAAGGGAUUUGGAGGCAUCGCUAAACCAUUAAAUGACCUGACCAAAAAAGACGCUGUCUUCAACUGGACCAAGGAAUGCGAUGACGCCUUUAACAAGCUCAAGCAAAUGAUAUUGGACGACCCAAUCCUUAUGCUACCAGACCCCGAUAAGGAAUUCGAGGUCGAAACCGACGCCUCCGACUGGGCUAUGGGUGGACAAUUAGGACAACGAGACGACCAGAAUCGUCUUCACCCAAUCGCAUUCUUCUCGAAGGCAUUCCGAGGACCAGAGCUCAACUACCCAAUUCACGAUAAAGAACUCAUGUCCAUCAUAUGGGCCUUCAAGGAAUGGCGACCGUGGCUCAGCGGAACCAAGGAACCGGUCAAG